AUGGCGGAAGGAAGCAGUAGCCAUAGGAGGAGUGCAUUCUCCCCUGGGCUGGCUGUGUUAUUGUCUGGUGACGAAGCUAAGAUUAGCCACCAGAAGUCGCACUUGGUGUCCUAUCAUGAUGAAAUUGGGCACCAGGCUGUUGAGAGGACGAUAGAGCACAUCUUUGAUCUCCCUCACAGGUCAGUGGUCCGGCCUCCUGGACCAAUUGACACGGGCUUCGUGCUCUCAGUGUUGAGGAAUCAAGCUAGAAAAUUUGAUAUUGACUGGGAAAAAUGCAUCCGUGGAUACCAUGGCAGCGUCUUGAUUGUGGACAAAGGUGCUGGGCAGAGCAAGGUGGUUCUUGAUGAUUCGAGCAUUUGCGGUAGCUUCAGGAAUGUCAGGGGACCUUUACUUGUUGAGAGCUCCGCCCCGUUCAGCAGUGCCAGGGCUAAUGCCUGUGUGUGGAAAGGAAAAUGGAUGUAUGAGGUGACCCUGGAGACAUCUGGAGUUCAGCAGCUUGGAUGGGCUACUCUCUCUUGCCCUUUUACUGAUCAGAAAGGUGUUGGUGAUGCUGAUGAUUCAUAUUCCUUUGAUGGCCGGAGGGUGACUAAGUGGAACAAUGACCCAAAGCCAUAUGGCCAGCCAUGGGCAGUAGAAGUUCACAACCUGGAGAAAUCUGAAUCAGCAUACUUUGAGAAACUGAGGAGGGUCAAAAAAUUCGCACCACUGCAAGAACUCUUUCGACCAAUUUCAGAAGGGAUAUGUGCAGAACUUUUCAGUGCUAUUGAAGUGAGCCAGGGGUGCCUUGAGUAUAUUGCCUGGGGCUCAUUGACCACUCUACUCUUAGAUGUUUUCAGGACUCGUGAGCCACAUGAUUUCUCAUGCCUUGAUCAGGUUCUUGACCUUUUCCUCCGGUUCCCAGGCUGCACUUCAUUAUUUCAGGAGCUCAUUGUGGCUCUUUCUUGCAUGUGCAAAGCUGCACCACUUGUGUUGACAGAAUGCCCGUAUUCUGGGUCAUAUCCAUUUUUAGUGCUGGUUUGCCACCUUCUGAGGCAUAAAGAUGUAAUGUGUUUAUGGUGGAAAGCAGAAGAUUUCGCUUUCUCGUUUGAAGGGUUCCUUACAAGGAAGAUUCCAAAUAAGCAGGAUUUACAGUGCCUUGUACCAUCUGUUUGGUGGCCUGGGUCUUCUGAGGAUGAAGUUAGCAUGACACUGACGAUGACAACACUCUCAGAUGCAAUAAAAAAGAUUGAGGAGAUGCAUCGUGAGCUUUGCAGCUUGGUAAUAUGCUUUAUUCCACCAAUGUCUCCGCCUCAGCCUCCAGGCUCUGUAUUUAGGUCCUUUGUACAAAGUUUGGUGCUGAAAGCUAGAGGUGGUGAUCAUAGGAUGGUUGUCAAUGGGACUUUCAACAACACUGUGCUUGUUUCAUUGUACACAGUAAUCCUACAUUUGUUGUCUGAAGGAUUUUCUAUGGAUUCUGCUGGAUCUGCGUCAUCCUCUAAAGCGAACUGUGGGAAUGGUGUUGGAUUUCUUCACAAAGGUGGAAAGCGCAAGUUUCCAACACAAUUGCUUUUUAGGAAUGAUGCCUAUUACAGUGUAAUUCCUAGAAUCGGUGGACCACCAAGUAUUUUGAUGCAUCACCAAUUUGAUGCUGUGGAAAAUGAAGUACAAUGGGAUGAAGGCUGCAUGAAUGAUGAAGAGACACGUGUUACACACACUACAGUACAGAAGCCUUGUUGCUGCUCAGUGACAGAUGUUGCUGUUGGCCUAAGAUACAAAGAAACUGCUAAGUAUGUGCCAUCAACUUCAAAAGGCCCAUGUAAGCCUAUGCCUGAAAGGUCUGCUCAUGUAGCUGCUGAGUGCAAUGGUAGAGGUCUGAGUGAUGAGAUCGAAGACAAACCUAGCUCUAGUGCUCAAGAAGAAAUUGAAUAUGGAUACCAAGCACUGCAUAGUCUUGAAAACAUGCCAAUGGCAACUCAAUCUUCGUCGGAAGCACUUAAAGAAGAAGAGCUGCUUGAUGUUAUGUUGUUGUUAUACCAUCUGGGCAUCUCACCAAAUUUUAGGCAGGCUUUUUAUUUCAUGUCUCAGCAGUCGCAGUCCAUUUCUUUACUAGAAGAAACUGACAGGCAGAUACGAGAAAAAUCAUGCUCAGAGCAAGUAAGGCGUUUGAAAGAAGCCCGGAAUAGCUAUCAUGAGGAUUUGGUGGAUUGUGUACGCCAUUGUGUUUGGUACCGGGCCGCCCUUUUCUCCCAGUGGAAGCAAAGGGGAAUGUACGCAACUUGCAUGUGGGUCGUGGAGCUUCUUUUGGUCCUUAGUAACUCAAAUAACAUUUUCCACUAUGUUCCUGAGUUCUAUGUGGAAUCACUGGUUUCAGCAUACUCUUUGAGUGCUUCAAAGUUAUCUAAGGGUUCUGUUUUAUCAAUAAUAGGUCACUCUGGUUGUCAAGCACUUUACGAUGAUACAAGGAUAGUGAAUCCUGACUUGAAAGAUCUUCUUCUUCAAUCCAUAUCAGUCCUUGUACAAUACAAAGAAUUCAUGCUUGUUUUCGAAAACAAUCGGGAGGCUAUAAAUAAGAUGCCUAGAUCACUUUUAUCAGCUUUUAACAACAGAUCAUGGAUUCCUGUUACGAACAUACUUUCCCGGUUCUGCAAAGGCUCAGGAUUUGCUUCCUCUAAGAAUGGCGAAUCCUCAUCAUCUGCAACUUUUCAGGUUCUACUGAGGGAGACAUGUAUUCAUGAACAAGAGCUGUUCUUUUCCUUCCUCAAUCGACUUUUCAAUACACUCAGCUGGACAAUGACCGAGUUCUCUAUGUCCAUCCGGGAGAUGCAAGAUAAAAACCAGAAUCUUGGAAUUCUGUACCGAGAGAUUCCUUGUGCAUUUCUCAUGGGACCAGAUAUGAAUUUAUGGAGGUUGACUGAAUUAGUUGUCUUUAUUCUCAACCACAUCAUAUCAGCAGCUGAUGCAGAGUUCUUUGACAUGACACUAAGACGGCCAGGGCAGCAUCAAGAGAAAACAAAUCGUACUAUGAUCUUGGCUCCUCUUGUCGGCAUUAUCCUCAGUCUUAUGGAAUGUAGCAGCACAUCAGAACAAAGGGAGCUAAAUGAUGUGAUUGCAGUGUUUGCAAGCAUGGAUUGCCCUGCCACAAUCCAUUUUGGGCUGCAGUACCUACUGAGCUACAACUGGAGCAAUGUUCUUCGAGGGGAUUCCUCCCUUGCAAAGCUAGCACAGCUUGAAGAGUUCUCCCAUUACUUCCGACGCAUUACAGUGUCUGUGGAUGAUGAAAAAGACCAUAGCAUUAACAUGGGUGAUGAAGAAGCAGAUGACACCUGUUGCAUUUGCUACAACUGUGAUUCUGAUGCAACAUUCCAGCCAUGCCAUCACCGGUCCUGUUUUGGCUGCAUAAGCAGGCAUCUCCUGAACAACCAGAGGUGCUUCUUCUGCAAUGCAGUGGAUGAUGAUAGUACCUGCCCAUACAUCCGCUCUGAGAAGGAGUAUAUGGCCUUUGAAGCACAGGAACGGAGGGUGCAGUUAGUGAAGGAUACAGCUGGUGUUUGUUGCGCCGAUUUGAAGGAAGAAUUGGAACUAGUGAAGCAAACACUGGAUAGUGUUGUAGGAGAGGUUUGGAAAAUAAAGAUGCUACAUGUUGAGGUGAUGCCUGCAGUGAAGCCUAAAGUCGGCAACAAGAACAUGCAGAUUGUGCUUGAUUCUUCUUUUUUAGCCGCUGUCUAUAUAGGCUUUGUAGGUGUCAUGAUUGGUGUGGUUGUUGCUGGCCAUCUGAAAUAUACAGAACUGUUCCAGGAAUUGUUCCCAGAACACAUGUAUCAUAUGUAUGCCAUUAAAGCCAUCACUAGUCAAGGCAAUAAGAAUGUAACACAAAUAUAUCCCAUAUAG